UAAUAAUCGAGUGAUUUUUAUUUUUAUUAAAUUGAGUAUUUCAUUUAUUUAAUGUUAAAAAAUAAAUUAAGCUGUAAAAAUGAGUUUUUCAGUUAAAAAAACAGGAGGUAGAAUGUGGCAUGAAGCACGAAAACAAGAAAAGAAAAUUCGUGGUAUGCUUGUUGACUAUCGGAGACGUGCUGAACGUCGUCGUGAUUACUAUGAAAAAAUUAAAUCUGACCCAACACAAUUUCUUCAAUUACACGGAAGACCGUGUAAAAUUCAUUUGGAUGCGGCGAUUGCUGCUGCUGGAGAUAGUCCAGCUAACAUGAUGCCAUGGCAAGGACAUGAUGACAAUUUGAUUGAUAGAUUCGAUGUUAGAGCACAUCUUGAUUGGAUACCAGAGCCACCAAACUCGGUUGACAUUGAUGUACCAUUAACGAGUGAAGAUAGACAUAUUAAUUAUGAACGAUAUCGUAUUAUUGUUCAAAAUGAGUUUUUAGGAGUUACUGAAGAAAAAUUUUUACAUCAAAUUCAUUUAGAAGAACAAUUUGGGUCAUCGACUAAACCCGAAUUUUUAAAAGAUAAGAAGAAAUCAAGUAAUAAUGCUGCUAUUGGUUAUAAUUAUGAGACAGAUGAGCCAAUACAAGAAACCGCUAAACCAGAUUUGAAUUCAGUUGAUGAAAAAGCUGAUGAUGAAGAUAGUGAUAUUGAUUUAGAUAUUUGUGUGGAUGUAUCACAAAUUGAACCAUCUCAGGCACACGAGAUGAAUCAAGUUGCUCAAAAGUAUGGAUUAAUCGGAGCUGACUAUUUUAGUUUUUUAACCCAGGACUUUGAAGAAGCGGAAUCCUUAAGGCAGGCACGUAAACAAGAAGAAGAAAAAGCUAUGUAUUCAGGAAGACGUUCACGACGUGAACGUCGAGCAUUUAGAGAAAAAAAAAUGAUUGGGCGAGUUAUGAGUCCACCUAGUUACGCAGCGCGAGAAAGUCCUGAGUAUAAUCCUUAUCGAAAAUCAUCAUCUAAAUCACGUUCACGUUCGAUUUCUCCGGCCAAUACUGGACAGAUUACUUACAUCACAAGUUUUGGUGGUGAAGAAGAAACCCAUGGCAGUAGUUCACAAAUAACACCAUCGAGUACUAAGAAAAUAAACUACUCUCACUUGAGACGAAAAGGAUCAGAAAGCCCGAAUUUUAAUGAAAGAACUAUCAGUCGAAGAUCUGUUAAGUCUAGAUCAAGAAGUCGCUCAAGGUCUAGAAAUAGAUCUACACGAUUUUAUCGUUCUCGAGACAAACGAAUCAGUGAUUCUCGAUCCAGGUCAAGAAGACAACGAUCUAGACCCAGAAGAAGAUCAAGAUCACGAAGUCGAUUACGUCGUGAUCGAAGCAGGCACCGUAGAAGUGCGAGCACCUCACGCUCACGAUCUCGAUCUCGAUCCCGGUCUCGAUCACGAUCACGCGGUCGUAGAUCAAGAACCUCAUCUUCGAGUAAAUACUCACGCUCAAGGUCUAAAUCAAAGUCACAUUCUCGUUCGCCUGGUAACCAUCGUAAGAUGCGAUAUUCUAAAUCGAAGUCAAGGUCUAGAUCGAGAUCAAAAUCCCCCGUGAGAUCUAGGUCAAGGUCUAAAAGUCGUAAUAGUGUGGGUAAAAGAUCGAGAAGUGUGGAAAAUAAAACAUCAUUGCCAAGGUACUAUGGUCGUCGAGGAAAAUCCUCUAGCUUAGAACUUGAACUUUCCGAUAAUGAAGAUAAAAAUAAUCAUAAUACAGCACUUAAAUCUACGAGUAUUAACGCAAACACAAACAAGCCAAAAGCAGGGCUAAGUACAAAUUCUGGUGGCGGACACAAACCGGUAAAAAUUACACCCCAAGAGCGGCUUAAGAAAAAAAUGCAAACUUUACUAAACCGCCAAUUUAGAGCUGAUAAAAAAGCUGAGCAAGCACGAAUCGAAAAAAUGGAACAACAAAGACAGGACCGCGAAGAUGAAAUUCGAGAAAUGUCUUUAAAGCUUCGUAGAAAACAAAGAGAAAGACGACAUCGUUAUGAAGGCCAUAGUACGGAUUCACGAUCUUCUGUUUCAAGAUCACCGAGUCCUGGUCGAAGCCCUCGACAUUCAUCUAGUCGGCGUGAUCGAAGAGAUCGUGAUUUACGUGACACAAAAAACGAUAAUGAUAGAGAAAGAGAUAGGGAUAGAGAUAGACGAGAUAGAGAUUCUAGUAGGCAAGAAUCGAGGAGACGUUAUAGAGAUUGUUCGCCUCGUUCUUUAAGUCCCCGUAGUAGUCGAGGCUUGGUUGAUUAUUAACUUUUUAUACAAAAUGCACAAUCUUCCAUCCGAUUAUUAUUGAAAUAAUGUAACAAAUGAAAUGUUAAUAUUAACAAUCAUAAUAUAUAUUAGCUAGAGAUAAAAAGUUUGUAAAUUAAUAUCUAUCUUCUCUAAUAAUUGUUAUUGAUAAUAUAUAUCACAUUGAAAUGUUUGCGCAUUUCGUUACACGUUUGUGGUGAUUGUUAUUUAUUAUUUCUGCGACGUUUCAUAUUUAUAAAACAAUUUUCCAAUAAAUAUGUUUAUUAUAAUCAA